GCCAGGUCCUAUGCGACCGCGCCCUCCACAUACCAGCGCCGCACGGUGGUCAGGAAGACCGCUGCGACUUCGUCAGGCGCCGUCCCCGGCCGCGGCAACCCCUCCAUCGUGGACACGCUCCCAAACACUGCAGACGAAAUUGAUGUCCCGCCUGAGGCGUAUGCCAUGCCCGCAGAGAGCGUUCCCUCGUCCUCUGCGCUUCGCACCUCUGCGGCGCCGCCACCAGAAAGCCCCGUCCCCGUCCCGUUUUCCGAUAGCAACGCUAUUGGCGGUUCCUCGAAGGAUCCCUCCACCCCCGAUUGGUCCAAGAGCUACUUUGGCCUGUCUACUGCGCCGUUCCCAAAGGAAGCGGCGGAGAUACUUAUGGCGCCCAUUGACCCCCUGGACGUUGAGAUGAAGCCAGACGGCCUCAUAUACUUGCCCGAAAUCAAGUACCGCCGCAUACUGAACAAGGCAUUCGGCCCCGGCGGAUGGGGUCUUGCGCCUAGGGGGGAGACCAACGUGAGCCAGAAGGUGGUGAGCAGAGAGUACGCACUCGUCUGCUUGGGCCGUUUGGUGGGUAUCGCUCGCGGGGAGCAGGAGUUCUUCGACCAGAACGGCAUCGCAACAGCGACGGAGGCGGCCAAGAGCAACGCCCUCAUGCGCUGCUGCAAGGACCUCGGCAUCGCGAGUGAGCUCUGGGACCCGCGCUUCAUCCGCGAGUUUAAGGCGAAGCACUGUAUAGAGGUCUUCGUCGAGGAUAGCCGGACGAAGAAAAAGAAGAAGCUCUGGCGCCGCAAGGACCAGCCCCCCUUCGGAUACCCCUACGCUGAGACCUAGAGCCCUGCACCUAUCUAAUCACACCCGGCAUUGUAUAUUACAUCUCAUAGCAUAUUCACC